AUGACGCAGUGCCUGCUGGACAGCCCCUCACCCCCUCCUUCACCGGCUUCCUCCAUCUUCCUCAGCAGUUCCAUAGUGCCCCCUAUGGAGGUGUUCCAGGUGAACGUGGGGGGCAGUCGUUUUGCUCUCUCAGCCCAGAUGUUGGCUCCGUUCCCGGACACGCGCCUGGGCAGAAUGGUCUUCUGCCCGGAGGAGGCUCUGGACCUCUGCGACGACUUCAGGGAAAAUGAGUUCUUCUUCGACAGAAACUCACAGACCUUUCAGUACAUUCUGAACUUUUACCGCACAGGGCACCUCCAUGUUCAUGAGGAGCUGUGUGAGCUGUGCUUCCUCCAGGAGCUUCAGUACUGGGGCCUGGACGAGCUCAAGAUCCAGAGCUGCUGCAGAGAGCGAUACUACAGACGCAAAGACCAGAGGGACCUGAGUGAGGAUAUGAACCAGGAUCUGAACCAGGACCUGCAAAACAACGAGGAGGAGGACUUCGAGGGGGUGGUCUUCUCUGAGUUCAGGCGCAGACUUUGGGACAUUUUGGAGAAACCGGACUCUUCUCGGACCGCCCAGACUUACGGGACCUUCUCCAUGACCUUUGUGGUUCUGUCUGUGGUCAACAUGGUGCUGAUGUCCCUGGACCUGGGAGAGACGGAGCUGGGACAAGCUGUGGGCGUGUCUUCUCUGUUGGAUGUUGUGGAGUACGUGUGUGUGGCUUGGUUCUCUUUGGAGUUGCUGGUUCGGUUCCUCUGUGUGAGGGACAAAUGCCGCUUCAGCCUCGGCAUUCAGAACCUCAUAGACCUCCUCGCCGUGCUCCCCUUCUACGUGACCUCCGCUGUGGAGCUGCUACACGGGGGGAGCUCCGAGCUGGAGAACAUGGGCCGAGUGGUGCAGGUGCUACGGCUCCUCAGGUCACUGCGCAUGCUCAAGCUCGGGAGACACCUGACAGGGCUGAAGUCCUUGGGUCUCACCAUCGCUCAGUGCUACGAGGAGGUGGGGCUCCUGCUCCUUUUCCUUGGAGUAGGAAUCUCGCUCUUUUCUACUGUGCUCUUCUCCCUGGAGCGCGACGUUCCGGGCUCCACCUUCGACAGUGUUCCGGCCGCAUGGUGGUGGGCCACGACCUCCAUGACCACGGUGGGAUAUGGAGAUAUCAGACCGGACACGGCGCUCGGGAAGAUCCUGGCCUUCAUCUGUAUCCUGUCCGGAAUCCUCAUCCUCGCCCUGCCCAUCGCCAUCAUCAACGAGCGCUUCUCCGUCUGCUACCUGUCACUCAAGGUGAAGGAGGCGGCGCUGCGUCACGGCGAGAUGAUGAAACGACUGGCUCGGGGCUCGGUGGGCGGGUCAGAGGCGGGGCUAAACCUGAGGGACGUUUACGCCUCGAACGUCCUGGAGCUGAUGAGACUGAGGGGGAGAGAAAGAGCGAGCACCCGCAGCAGCGCUAACGAUGGAGCCCUCUGGUGGUGA